AUGAUGACGGGCUUUCAGUCCUCCUCACAUCUUCUACAGCGAGCUGACGCUGAUAAUGCCCCUCCUCGCUUUCACCAAGACUCCCACCAAGCGCUCCAGCCCAACUCCAUCCCACCCACUCCGGAUGAGGGCAUAGAUGCGGGUCCCUGCCCCGAAAUAGCGGUUCCCAACGAUAUCUCUUCGUUUCUCGACGCUUCCCUGCCGCAGCCUUUCCCGCUGGCUUCCGCCUUACCCCAGCCUCUUAGGACUCCCACCAUCGAGGACCGGCCGCAGCUUGAUCUGACCCUCAACCUUCCUCAAAGCAACUUCUCGCUUCCCACGUCCACGGUUCUUAGGAGUACGCACAAUCUGCGUCUACCCUCGUUUGAUGUACUCGGCAUUGCUGCGCCCCACCCUGAUCGUAUCCCACAGCAAACACACCACUCCUUCUCUCCACUAGGCGCUGGACCUCUGUCGAAGCCAGAAGACCCUCUCCAUGCGCUCAGCCCACCACUCGACUUCUUCAGCCACGCCAACGGGGCCAGUCAUACCCCCGUUACCAGUCCCAAGGAAGCUAGAGCCCGCGUCGGACAUCUUGUGUCCACUCACACGCCUCCCUCGGAUACGGAGCCGGGGACGAUCAGUUGGGGAUCCUUUGUGAACCCACGCACGGUUGGGCUGGGUUCGCCUCCAAAUUCUGAGCCAGGGGUCUCACCAAAUCUGAACAUCACUGCCAGCGCUACAGCUCCCAGUCAAGCGCCCAUAAUCGUACCGACCCACGAAGAGUUCAACGACGAGUUCAGCGACGCGCUGAGGAUGGCAGCGUGGAUAGAAGAGGCAAAAAGCACCAUCAUAAACGAAUCUGGAUGUCUGGAGUUGGACUCAGUCAAGAUUCUGUCCCACGCCCUGCCUUGUCCGUCAACAUCAGGCCACAUCUUCGGCCAAGUCAUCGCUUCUAUCCAUGACAGAUCGUCAACCCAAACCUCGUGGAUCAAUGUAUUCCACGCGCUUCCCGGUCGCUACACGCUCAUGGAUCUGCCAAAGUCUCCUCCAUCGACGCCUGGUCCUGCUGUCGGAGGGGAUUCUUACUUUACCAGCAAAGUCUUUGACAGCGCGGUCGCUAUUCCAGACUAUCAACUCGAUUCGAAACUCCUGCCCCCAUCGCCUCGACCCGUCGUGCCACCGGGGAGCAUCAAUGUUUCGAUUGUAGAGCGAUACAUUCCGCCUACUAACACUAAUGAGUUCGCUGAGAUGUUCACGUUUCGGGGUAGAUCUUUGCUGUACGAUCGCCUAAUCGAGCUUUCUAGCGAUGACGGCGUCCUUCUAUUCAUUUAUCCGACCAGGACAGGUGCGAGGACCUUUACGCAGCAGUACCUCGGACCAAUUCUCGACCCACUCUUACGCACCGUAACGGUAGUCCACGAUCUCCACUCAGAGCUAGGAAGGAACCUGGGUCAAAUGAGUUCAGUCAAUUACCUGGACGAGUAUAACCACUUGGAGGCGCAAGUCCGGAAGUUCUGCGGGGCAAUGGGUGAACGACACAACAAUGAGAGAAGAGCACAUUAUGAAGUCAUCCACGCCGCAAAAGAGGAGAUUCUGAUGCAACGGUCAGCUUGGGCGGACGAUUGGUGGAUCAAGCAAGAGAAACCCCGCAUACGGGAGAUAAUCACCAAGUACUUCAGCAAGUCGAAAAAGCUCCCAAGCUCCGAGAUGAGCGCCGCAACUCUGAUCCAGGCUGUCCUCGAGGGCGUAUCGGAACGGGACUACCAUAACGGUGAGCCCACGAAGGGUGUGGAAGUUGGCGUCUUCAUCGUGAAGAAGACGAAGGCGAUGGCGAAAGCCCAGAGGGAACCAUGA